CCUAAUCUCCUCCUCCACCUCCUCAUGUCUCGCAUUCAUGGUGUGCGAUUACGCUUGACGACGAGAGUAAGAAAGUAGCAUCUUGCGUUUUUAGCCCGUUGCUAUUCAGUACAACGACGGACACCCAACCUCCGUUGAAUCAGGAAUGCGGUUUGGCUUUGUGCAAGCCCUUUUCCUUUUGUGUUAUAUAUCUCCGACCUUUUCCAUACCAAAUCUGGCGUCUCUAGGGUGUUUAGAUACCGGCUACUUACAAUCAAAUGGGUUGUUCAACAGAGUUCAAUUUGGCGCACGGGCAUCACGGUCACUCCUUUUUUCUCUCUGUAUUAUCUUCUGGACGGUAAUUUCGUUCCCUGCCAUUCCUUUACAACGCCUUUCACACACUUCCAACCUGAGAGGGCAUUGGUCAUGUCCCCCGCUGUCGUCGCUCCCUACUACCUACCUACCUAUCACCAUGUGUGCUCUGCCCCGUGGCUCCCAUCACCACAUAGACGCCCGUACCUCUAGCUACCUAUCUACACCCUACGCCAUCCUACAAAACCUAUAGUCUCCUUGUAGCUAAAGAAAACAGACCAUCUUAUAAUCCUUUGUGCUCUUGACCCUGAGCUUGCAUU